GUGAAAGUUCUCCGGAGGGGAGGAAAGUCGUCCAAGCAGAGAAACAACAGACCCUUCCUGGGCGACGCAACAUCGCUUAAAGGUACAUCGUGAAACCGCGGGGACUGGGAACGCAACGUUGAGCCAACUAGCUUCUUGUAACUUGGAGAAAUACUUGAAUUACACGUGCGCCGAAGUAACCCAGAGACGCCAGCAUGGGGACCUGCGCCAGCGUUAACGCCAACCAGGUGGAAGUACGCGUGGGCACCGCCGUCUUCAUCCGACCGGCGCCGUCCCAGGCCACAGCAGCGACGACAAAAAAACUCAAAGUCAGCGACGCGACCCCAGAAAAGCUGAAACAGGCCUUCAAGCUGGAUUUCUACCCCAAGGAAAUCACCGACAAGGCGACGCUCGUGACGCAAAUCCACAAGGGCGAAACCAACCAGAGAAGGGGCUGCACGAAUCUGUACAUGCAUGUGGAGAUGGCACAGAGGCCCGUUGUGAAGUCUGGCGACGUGCAGCGGGCCCUGAUUUGCUCUGGCGCCGCGUGUUGGUCCGACCCUCUCAACGCCGACACUAUUAAAAAGUUUCUUGAGGGUACCGGUGUUCGGGACGGGCACGACUUUGUGGAGGUCAACGUCAAACGUGAACGGAAUGUCUCCGACGGAGGCCGGGAGGUGAGGUACCUCGUGGCUGAAACUCGCAACAGAGAAGAAGUGUUCGUUGCAUUCAAAGGUACAACGGAAUUCAAAGACGUCAUGGACAGUCUGAGUAUCUGGCAGGAGGGAGGGGGUCAAAGCCGCGACAAUCAUGACGUUGGGGUUGGCGGGAAAUACCACAAAGGCUUCAAAGAACUGGCCUUCCUCGUCCCCGCCCAAAGCAUCCUGGAGAAAUACAGCGACAGCCGCAUUGUCGUCUGCGGUCACAGCCUAGGGGGCGCUGUGGCACACAUCGUCGCCUUGAACAUGAUGGCGUGCCUACUCAAAGAGGGUAAAAAACAGCAACUCGACAAAGUCACGUCCAUCACGUUCGGCGCUCCGUACUUCGGAAACGACGGCGCCCAGCAGUUUGCGGAGAAACACAACUUCUCUCCUCGCCUGUUGACGAUCGUGAACGAGGAAGACCCCGUGCCGUACAUUCUCCGCCUAGCGGAAACCAUCCAAUGUGCAGGGCAAACAGUGUUGAAGAAAGUUAAGACUUUCUCUGACACAGCGAAGCCCAUCGUGUUGGGUAUUUUGGAUCUCCUCAGCGCCGUCGGUAUGUCAAAUGAGAAGACUUCAGAAGGUGCCAAAGAUAACUUUUCGAAACUGUCAGAUAAGCUUGACGAAUGCAAGAGUAAGCUGCGAGAAUGGGGCCUGACCGCGAAGGACCUGGAUUCCCUCUACGUGCCAUUGGGGUGGUACCUGUGUAUCAGGAGCAGUAAGCCCGAGGCCGGUGAGGGCGCUGUUUGGAAGCGCACCCUCUGGACCAACCCAGGCCAGCACAUCUCACCAGACAUCCGAGAUUGGAAAGAGGAGGACUUCCAGAGCCACAGCUUGGCACAUUAUCUCAUGGCGUUCUAUGAAGUCACGGACAAGAAGGAAUACCAAGUUGAGGGUAGAGUUGAGGUCACGGCACACUUUGAAGAGGAAAAGGCUGGAGACCCGACCCUCGUGGACAUGCUUUAUGGCGCAGCGUCAAUGCUGACCUGGCCAUUAACAGCAGCGUGGAACAAGUUAAGUCCUAAAAAGUAAAAAGCUUUUACAGACGUUGUAUAAUAAGCAAUCGG